UUUACAGUAUGAUCUGUCUUCUUCGGAUUAAGUUUAUAAAUAUUGUCAGCGAAUAUAUAAUACACGGACUUAAGUUAUCUUUAUAGCAUUUGCCUGUUUUACCGAGUUUCACUUAAAUAGCAUUCUUGUUUGUAAAUACAUUUUUAUAGAUUUUAACUUCACAAUAAUGAUAAGUGAAAAUGGCAAUGAACCGUAAAGAAAAUAUUCAAGGCCAGGAAAAGUCAACGGAAAAGAACAAAAAUGAAUGUAAUGGGAAGAAAAUACCAAUCUUGUGUGAAGCAUGCAAGUAUGAUAAUUCGUUUGAAGAGGCAACGGGAUUUUGUGUGACAUGUUCCGAGUAUUUGUGUCAGACCUGUUGUCGCGAUCACAAAAGAAACAAAGUAACAAGAGAACACUUGUUGUUAAAGAAUGAUGAUAUUCCUGCGGACAUAACGCCGUUUAAGACCAUUAAGCAACUAUCGACCUGCGAUAUUCAUCCUGACAAUGACAUCGCAUACAAGUGCGGAGACCAUGAAGCUUUGGUUUGCGUUUUCUGUCUUAAUGAGAGUCAUCGGAAAUGCGAAAAUAUCCAUGAUCUAGGAGUUGUUGGUUCUGCUGAUUCAGGUAUAAACAUGAUGGCAGAACUUCAAGACAGAAUACAUGCGUUAAAGGCACAGCGGAACGAGAUCGAGAUUGAACAAGAAAAAAAUAAAAUUAAUUUGCAAUGCCUGGUAGCCAAAUGGAAGGAUAAUAUAGCCGGCUUAGGAAAUGAUUUUGAUACACAAUUAAGCGAAAUGUCACUCUCCGAGACAACGCAAUUGAAUGAAUAUAUUGAUGGCUGUCAGGAAAUCGAGACGGAUAUAACUAGAAACAAAGCGUUGAUCGAAACACUUAUGAAAUACGGAACAAAGCGACAAAAGGCUGUUGUUCUGCGACGAAUAAACCAUGCACGCGUUGAUCUUAAAGAUAAACUACAAAAACUCGAAUGUCAGCGUCAACAAAGCAUCGCGCUCAUUAACGUGAAACAGUUUGCUGUUCUAACAAUGAUUGCAGAGUUAUCGUUAGAAGAGAAGAGCAAAUAUAAUACUGACACAUUGGAACAGACCAGCGAUGAAGUGCAUGACGAUUUGGAUUCGGAAAAUAUACCAAGGGAGAAAAUUGAUGAAUGCACACAAACGAGUUUUGCUGUCUCGAACUCUGACGCAAAACUAAGGUCCUCUAAGCCGUUCUCAGAAAGAGAAAGCGGACAAAAAAUAACUUUGUUUAAAGUUAAAACAGAAACAGACACAAACACUUGUGGUAUUUUUGCCAUUAAAUUAACAGAAUAUGGAGUUCUUGUUGCUGAUCAUCGUAACAGAAAACUUAAGCUAUUCAGUCGAACAUUUGACUUAAUGUGUGAACACUCGCUUCCCGGUCAGCCGGUAGACAUGUGUUUUGAUGGAUCCAGUGCCUAUGUCUGCUAUUCAGACCUAAAGAAAGUGACCAAACACAAAAUAACCGAAAAUACGAUUUUGAAUGAAAUGGAAACUCCAACUCGGCUCCAACCGAUAAGUCUAACUGUUUUUAACUCCCGACUGAUGAUUUUGUUUGUAACUCAAGAGAACGUUGACAGUUCGGCAGCUGACGAUGUUCAAAUUGAAAUCCGAAAAGGAAAUUCAAUAAAUGCCACCAUCUCGUAUGAUUCCGACGAUGAUAGUUUUAACUAUGUAAAAGAUGCAAAGCAAGUUUUUGCAUUAGGUAAGUCGUCCAUUGUUUUCUCAGAAAACUGGCGGGUGUCCUGCUAUACCGUCGGUAAGCAGACUAGAGAACUAAUUCAUCGACAAUGGUUUUACCGUUCACAUGCCAAUCAAAUUCUAAAAAAAGCGAAAGGGUUUGCGAAAGACAGUGAAGGGAAUAUCUAUAUUUGCGGUGAAGAUUCUAACAACAUUCACCAGGUGUCGUCUAAAAACUACAAGCGUAACCGUGUGAUUAUCCCUCGCUGUGAUCGUCCUGUUUGCAUCGCCGUAGACGAACAGAAAGAUAGACUAAUAAUCGGAUGUCGGAUUGGUGACUAUUUGCAAGCGUACUCAUUUAAAUAGAUUCUUUUUUGACGCACAAUUUUAUCAUACAUUUUUUUCUGAAUAUGAUAUACUAUUUAGCGAUUUAGAUUUUUUAAUUGAUAAUUUGCCUUUUAUUUGUAUAUCCAGGAUUAAUGAUUUGUUAUUUCAUAGCUUUCAUGAACAGCUGCGUAAUGAUUCCAAACUCGCAACAAUGUUUUGUCUCUUAUCCUUUAUUUAUAACACAGAGAAACAAAUUUAUUAACAGCCUCAGUCCUGUCCUUCACGAUAUACUUUAACUCUUCCUAUUCAGUGAUAAAACAGUCUCCAUCAGAACGCACAGGUUUAUAUAUCAAAUACAAAACGCUUUAAGCGUUAAAUCCAGACCGACAUGAAAUACCCCUCGUCUCUGUUUAGGCCAUAUAAAAUGUUUGUUUAAGGUAACCUGUCCAAAAUUUCUAGGUAGGGUAGGUAGGUGGUUUUUUUCAAAAUCUGUCGUAAGUUCAGAGUAUUUUCUUGCACAUGGCAGUCUUUCCUACAUUACUGUCAUUGCCUGACUCUGUUUUAUCAUAUAAACAAUAAUUCUGAUUAAAAUCUGCAUCUUCGUAACUCUCUUUUCGCUAACGAAUAUUUUUUUUGCUCAGAAACGGAAAAAAAAUAGUUAGGGUCGGCGCAUUUCUAUAGGUAGGGUCGGGUUACCCGAAACAGACAUAUUUUUAAGGCCUUAUACGAGUGACUUCUAUCUUUAUUCCGCUCUCGCUCUUGCUCUGGCUCUUGGUCUCACACUCUAACGAUCUCCUUCACUCUUUUCAGCAAUUAUCUCAUAUUUUGGACAUAUCUAUUAAACUUUACGGAAAUAAAUCCACAGUUUUGACCUAGAAAUAAUCCAGAUUAUUCUUAACACAUUUGAAGCACAAAACAUUGACACUGUUUCUGGUUUUAAAGCGUACCUUAAGUCGGAUAAUUCAAAACCAAAUACUCUGUUAUAUUAUGAAAAACGUCGAUUACAGGUCAUUCAAACUCGCUUACGGAACGAAUGCAUUUAACCAUCACCUUUUUUUGUAAAAAAAAAUGUUCCUUCUUCCUCUGUACGUGUGGAGUUCAGGAAACAACGUAUUAUUAUCUUCUAAUCUGUCCCCUUAAUACUGACCAAAGAAGACUUCUGCUCAACUCUGUGGAGGCUUUGACUGACGUAACGCUUCGCAAUUUACUAUACGGUGAUACUGCCCUUACAGAAGAACAAAAUAAGACGUUGUUCGAUGUUGUUCUCCUCUUUAUUCAAAUGACAAAAAUAUUUGAUAGCCAGUGACCGUCACUCCCGCUUUCUAAUAACUAACCCACCCAGGAUUGUCUCCUUUCUAUAAACAUGUGAUAUUCAGCACCAGUAAUCAGGGUCCAGUGGAAAAUAGCCGCAGGAAGUAAUUCAUUUAAACAUACCACCCUACCCUCAUUCUUUUCUGUGAACCUCUUUUGCCGUCUUGUUCUGUUCUCAAACAGAGUUAGCGACUUUUGUUUUCGAUAAGUGAAAAUAAACUAAGCUUACUAUAGAGUUGUAUAUCACACAAAAUGUUUAACUUUUAGCUUCUAUAUUGUCUGUGUAACAUAUCUUUAAAUAUUUAAUAAUAUUAAAUAAAGCCAAAA